GUUUCUCCGCCCACAGGGACAGCAGGAGCAGAGGGACAGCAGAGGGACAGCAGAGGGACAGCAGAGGGACAGCAGAGGGACAGCAGGAGCAGAGGGGAGUUUAACACAAAGCCAGGACUCAUUUCACUUCACCUUCACGUCUCACUAACAGUUUAUGGAUAAAGAUUGCUAACGCGAAGUAGGAUCGCAACCUCUAGUGUGGGAACCGCUGUGAUAAAUAUUCUGUCAGCACUUUAUCCUGGGAGCAAAACACAUGCAAAGGGGGCGAUGUUGAUGUUGUGCGUUGUGCUGUUCCUGCUCCUGCCUGCACCAUCUCUGGGAAACAACUGUUCUGAACACUGCAAAGCCUGUGGAGGACCUGAAAGAAACCAGUGUCUGCAGUGUCUACCAGGGUUCAUGCUGCACGACAAUGUGUGUGUGGACAUCGAUGAGUGCGGGACAGAGUUGGCAAAGUGUCCAGCUAACACGUACUGCAUCAACACACAUUCUUCUUAUGAGUGUCGAAGUUGUGACCGUGCGUGUGUGGGCUGUAUGGGCAGCGGUCCUGCUCGCUGUAAGAAAUGUGCUCCAGGCUACAGAUCCACCGAUCUGAAGUGUUUAGACAUUGAUGAGUGCAGUGAGCAGGUGUUGGCCUGCGCUGAUAUCAACGCUCUGUGUGUGAACACUGAAGGUUCGUUCCAGUGCCACUGUGCACCAGGUUUUACACGCAAAGGCACCGUGUGUGUGAGGAACCAGACACCUGUGGGAGAGGAACGUGGCUUGUUUGAUGAUCUCCAGGACGACGAGGUGGAGGUGCUGAAACAGAUGUUCUUCGGUGUGAUUCUGUGUGCUCUGGCCACGCUGGCCGCUAAAGGAGACAUGAUGUUCACCUCCAUGUUCAUCGGCGCCGUGGCGGCCAUGGUGGGCUACUGGCUCUCGGACAAGAGCGACCGCCUGUUGGACAGCUUCCUGAAGGGCAGAUGAAGUGCGCUGGAGGACAAAGAGGACUGGGACUGAGAACGAGAAUAGCUCAACAGCUUGGCCUGGAAAUUGGGAUUUUUUUUUUACUUUCCAUUUUUAAAAAGUGCAAAAAAAUGCAAAAAAAAACUUUUGCAAAAAAUGACUUGUGAAAAUCUCUGUUAUAUGUUAAUAUUAAGUACACUUGCCUAAUCUUUUAUCAUAGUGAACAAUUUGAGCAAAAAAAAAACAGAUAUCUGUCAUUGUACUUCCUUCUAAACAGGACAUAGACAUUAUUAUGGAUGUGACUGAAUAUGUAUACAUUAUGCAACUUGAACAUUAACCAGACUGAACGUGGUAUAUUGCUUGAGCAAUCAUUGACACAUGCCUAGUGGAUGUGAUGAUCUGUUAUAGCUAGAUUUGUAAAUACCAGUGCAUCGAACUUGGGUCAGCUGCAGAAAACUGAAGUCAGUUCAGGAGAUACAGGAACUAAUUGUGAGCAUUUGUAAAUAAAUCUUUGCAUUAGGGA